CCAUUUGUUUUUUUUUUUUUUGAGGUUCACCCAUCUUCUCCUGAAAAUGACAGCCACAAAUGAGACACAACAUAACAUCAAGGAAUUCCUUCUGGCGGGCAUCCCGGGCCUGCAGGCUCACCAGAAUCUGCUCUUCAUUGCUCUUCUGUUGGUCUAUUUGGCUGUGAUGGUUGGCAACCUACUGAUCCUGUAUUUGGUACUCUUGGACCAAAGGCUGCACACUCCAAUGUACUUCUUUCUUUGUCAUCUGUCUUUAUUAGACAUCCUCAUCACAACUACAAUCCUCCCGAAAAUGUUUGCCGUCAUUCUCCUCGAAGACAGAAUCAUUUCCUUUUCUGGGUGUUUCUUGCAGAUGUAUUUGGUUCUUGCAAUUGGUUGCACAGAAAAUUUAAUUCUCAUAGUCAUGGCUUAUGACCGCUAUAUUGCAAUCAUGAAGCCGCUUCACUAUCACCUCAUCAUCAAUGGUAAACUCUGUGUGUUGCUGACGGUCGGGGCCUGGGUGCUGGGCUACUUGACCCCAUUUGUCCCCCUAAUCAAUGCCCUCUCAUUGACCUAUUGUGGCCCAAACACCGUUGCAUUUUGUUAUUGCGAUUACCCAACUGUGGUGUCCCUGGCAUGUGCAGAUGUUACCGACAUUAUAAGUAUGGCUUUCAUCAUUGCCAUGUGCAUCGUGAACAUUCCACUACUGCUUAUACUUUUCUCCUAUUUAAAAAUAAUUCUCAAUAUUUAUUUUAUGAAUACGGAGGACAGCAAGAAAGCUUUUUCAACGUGCUCCUCUCACUUGAUUGUUGUGCUGACUUACUAUUUUUCUGCUGACUUGCUGUAUAUAACCGUCAUGAUUGGCAACAUUUCGGCCGAUGCCCGCGUCAUCAUUGGAGUUUUUAUUUACCUGCUGACGCCGCUGCUGAACCCCAUCAUUUACAGUCUGAGGAAUAAGCAGAUAAAGCAGGCAGCUGAGAAAUAUCUCGACCUCCCUUUGAGGCCAAUCACAUUUUUCCAUUAAAU